UCUGAAACUAAAGACAAAAUUCCUAUAGCCUCCCGAUGUCAACCGAAAUCACCUUCGACGUCAACGGGCUCUACAUUCUUCUGUCUGACCGUGGCGAAAACAGCUACACAUUCCACUGGGCCCUCUACCUUCACCAGGCCGAGAAUUCAGGCUACCUCUAUCAUCUGAUAAACGAGUCCGACUCAACUAGUAGCUGGCGCUUUGACCCGCAACCCAGCCAGGACGCCAUCGACUCUCAGCGACUGCUCGUGGCCCUCAAUAUCGGAGUUUUAGAGCCUACACUCCAUCAGGCUUUGCUUGAUCGGCUUCGGCAAAUCCCAAUCGCGUAUUCAACUCGUUUCCACGAGAAUAUCACCAGCCGGGUGUGGCUCAAAGAGGCACUCUUUGCAUUGGAUGACGAAGGUUAUAUCAAGCUCACAGAGGGUGUGAACGACAUUGAAGCCGAGGCAACGAACCUCGCGAUGCGAAAUAAAAUUCGAGGCACGAAGACGGUUGCUCGCAGUAGUGGAAGCCAAGCUUGAGGUUCCAUGCGCCAUCCAAGAGCGUUGUGAAUUGGACUGUGUAUUUCCGGUGCAUAUUCGAUAGACUUUCAAAUGAGAAACCAGCGACGAUUGGACUAAACCG